AUGCCUAUCUCCAGUGGUUUCUCAAGAGAUCCAAAUCCAACUCUAAAUUAUCAUGUUCGCAAGCCGGGUAAAGCCGAAAUUCUAGAUGAAUCGAUCUAUUACAAGGAAGAAAUACCUUAUGAAAAGCCAGUUCAGGUUGUCAAUCGACCAAUUAUUAAAGAAACAGUUUUUUUGCCUGACCGUAAACCACCACCAUUGCCAAGUAAAAAUGAAGCUUACACGAUCGCACCUGAACCAGUUUCAACCAUCUAUGCAACAACAGGAGAUGUACCGAAGAACUCAGCUACAUUCAAUAUCAUCCGUGCUUUAGGAUUAAAUGCUGAUUGCCCUUGUUGGGCAUGGAUUGUGAUUGUUUUUGGUAUUCUAAUUCUCCUUGGACUGCUUGCCAUGUGUCUAUAUUUUAUUCUUGGUAUGUUUAUUGUUUAG